UAUACGGUAUAUAUGUAGGUAUAGGCAGGAGAGCACGAGUACAUUAGUUCAGUUGAGACCUAAGUAGCCGCUGCAGCAGUCGCAGAACCGAGCUUUACGAUACGCAUCGCUCGAAAGUGGGUGUGACCGUCAAUCAAUCGGCUGUGAAUCGUCCUAGCGAGGAAAACAAGUAAACAGUAUAUAUAAAGCAGAGCCAAAAUGUCACAGCAGCAGUACUAUCCUUUCAAGUGCACGCCCACGGUGUACCCGGCGGAUCCGUUCGACGCGAACGCGGACGCGGCGACGCUGAGGAAGGCCAUGAAGGGCUUCGGCACCGACGAGAAGGCCAUCAUCGACGUGCUGACGAAGCGCGGGGUCGUCCAGCGGCUCGAGAUCGCCGAGGCGUACAAGACCCUCUACGGCCGGGACCUCAUGAGCGACCUCAAGAGCGAGCUCUCCGGCAAACUCGAGGACGUCAUCCUGGCCCUCAUGACGCCCCUGCCCCAUUACUACGCCAAGGAGUUGCACGACGCCAUCUCCGGCCUGGGCACGGACGAGGAGGCCCUCGUCGAGAUACUCUGCACCCUCAGCAACUACGGCAUCAAGACCAUCGCUGCUUUUUACGACAAUCUGUAUGGCAAGAGCCUCGAGAGUGACCUGAAGGGAGACACGUCCGGGCACUUCAAGCGGCUACUCGUUUCGCUGGUCCAGGCCAACAGGGAUGAGAACCAGGGCAUCGACCAUGCCCAAGCCAUUGCCGAUGCCCAAGCCCUCUUUUCGGCCGGCAGCGAGAGACAGUGGGGAACGGACGAAUCCCAAUUCAAUGCCAUUCUCAUCACUCGGAGCUACCAGCAGCUCAGGCAAACCUUCAUAGAGUACGAAAAGAUUUCCGGCCACGACAUCGAGGUGGCCAUCAAGAAGGAGUUUUCCGGAGACGUCGAGAAGGGCCUUCUUGGAAUUGUUAAAUGCGUCAAGUCGAAGAUAGGCUUCUUUGCCGAGCGCCUGUACGACAGUAUGAAAGGCAUCGGCACCAAGGAUCGCACCCUUAUCCGGAUCAUCGUUUCCCGCAGCGAGAUCGAUCUUGGAGACAUCAAGAAAGCGUUCGAGGAGCGCUACGGAAAGUCGCUCGAGAGCUGGAUCGCUGGAGAUACGUCUGGCGACUAUAAGAAAUGUCUUCUCUCCCUCGUGUCGACUUAAAUCAUCCCUCCCUCGAUAAAAUUAUAACGUCCAUUAGAUAUACACUUAUAAGUCUUUAAGAAUUUCCGUUGCAUUUGAUUUAUCAAAACUGCGCCAAUUAAGUCGGUGUCCAAUGUACGAUUAUUUUUUUCAAGAAUUACGCUUAUAGUCGUCCACACAACGUCAAGUAUUGGACUUGACGUUUCAUCAAUGUGUUCAGUGUCAUCGUUAAUUAAAAAAAAAAAAAAAAAAGACACCAAGUUCAAACUAAUUUCAUACUUGUUUU